GGGGUCGCCUACCACAACCUCGACGACCACAACCACUACACCCUCCUCGGACAGCCCAAGGGGAUCAAGAAGCAGAAGCCCGGACAGGGGAGCAGGAACACGCUCCACGCCACGUCCGUGAGAAACGAGCUGUCAGAAGUGGGGGAACUGCUGGAGGAUGUUGUCGCGGACUUUGGUGCCUCCAUCAGACUCCGAGACAGCGCGGGGAUAGCAGAGGGGAGGGACGCGCUUAUGGAAGCAGUGAACAUCCUGGACGAGAUCGUCAUGAACUACGACGCGGCGCAUGACGAGUUCACCAUGGACCCAGCAACACUGCAGGAUGACCUCCUCCGACUGGCGCAACAACUCCAGAUUGUGGUCCCGGCCCAUAACAACCUCCUGGGGGACAUCAGGGGAGAACUCCCCUCGCAAAGGCCGUCUUCCAACGCCUCACGCAGCAACUGGGGGGACAACGAGGGGAACACCACAUACAGCGACCCCAAACGUGGACCGACCUCCUCAUCCAAUGCCGCCACGCGGGUGUCCACCAGUUACUCUGCCGCCUUCACCGUCCGGGGCCCGACCCGGCGGGGGACACAGAAGAAGGACAUCGAUGCGCCCUCCAACUUCUGUCAGUCCUCGAGCGCGAGUUCCCCGAAAGUUACCGUAGCAACGGACAAUGCGAAGCAGAUGCAAUUUGGCUACUCCUUCGAGGGGGAGACUGGCUGA